UCUAUUGGCUGGAAGCGCUUGUGAUCUCACAACAGUUGGCAUAACAGCGCCAUAAACGUUUCCGGUCGGGAGAGGAGGCGGUUAAUGUUACGUGAAAUGAAGCCACUUCCUGUGGAUUCUAGAAUAUUGUCUCUGACUGCUCAGAUUACUGAAAGUCCUGAUCAGGAUAUUCCUGUGUUGCUGCUAAAGUUAAAAGAAAUUUUAACAAGUGCAUCCCCAGGAAGUAAUGAAACAAAGAAAAUUAAACAAGAUUUAUACUACUGUGAUCUAGUCCAGUACUGUCUACUAGUCCUUAAGCAAGAUUAUACAAAAGUGACUGGAGGAUGGACUACUGCUGCCCAGAUAGCAGAGAUAUUAAGUCAGUGUUGUGUAGGUCUUGAGGUGAAAACAGAACGUGAGGAGUUUUACAGUAAACAGCUUCCUUCUGCAAUAGACAGCCUCCUCUUUUUGGGAAGGCGUUUGCAAGCACAAUUUGUUCGGGCAAUCAAGGAUGAAAAAAGGAAUGAAUUUCUACAUUGUUUCAGGACAGUGACUGAUGCCAUCUGUUGGUUGUGUAGAGGUCACAUCCAUCUAGUAGAAAAUGUGCUUCAAAAUAAACACUUCCAGCAAUUGCUGACAACUGAUGAUGAUGAAACAACAACCCAGACUCUGUCACUCUUGCAGAAUAUUUUAAGGACCAAUAGUAAAGCAUUAGUUCAAAUAACUGAAGAAGCCCUAUACUUCCUUCUGGAUGAACUUAUUUACAAGAUUUCCUCUACCACCAACCCUGCCAGAGGAAAUGCAACUGCUAAACUGUUACUUUUGAUCACAGAAUCCGAUGCCCAACUGGUUAUCAGAGUCAAUGCUCGCUACAAAGGGCUACAUACUCUUCUAAGCAAGCAAUGGACUGGCAAAGGAUUUGACAAGAAUCUCAAUCAAUUGCUGGAUUUGCUGGAUGCAGAAAACUCCAGUUCUUAUGAUCCACAGAGAAUGCACCAAGCAGCAUGCUUGAUCCAGGCAUCUUGGCGAGGAUAUCAGACGCGAAAAAGAUUAAAGCAGCUUCCAAAAGCUAUAACUAUCUUGCAAAGGAAAUUUAGAGCUAAAAGAGAACAGGAGUUGCAAAGUUUAAGAAGACAGAAAGAAGAAGAACACCUCCGUCAACAACUACAGCUUCAGAGACAAAGAGCCAUGAGGCUGUUUCAUGAACGGCAGCUGACACUAUUGGAAAUUGUCCAUGCAGGUCAAAUAGAUAAGUAUAUGCAUGAAAUGAAAGAAAAAGCAGCCUUAACUAUCCAAAGAUACUGGAGAGCAUUUAAAGCAAGGAGAAAUUUUCAUCAGCAAAAAAGAAAUCUCAAGGAAUAUAAAGCAGCUGUUCUCAUUCAGAGAGCGGUGCUUAAAUUCUUGGAGAAGAAAAGAAGAAAGGAAUCUUCUCUCUGGAAGCAGCCUGAAUCUCUUUCGGAUGAACAGAGGAUAUUGUUGCAGCAAAAGGUGGAAAGCUAUACCAAACUGCACCCAGCUUCUGCAAUGUCAGAAGAAAUGAGCAGAGAACUUCAUCAUCAAGCCCAGGAAAAACUAGCCCACUAUAUGCUGAGAAAAAGAAAAGAUCAGAAAGCAAAACAACAUCGAGAGGCUUUGCUAGCCCAAGUUCAUACAGAUGUGGAUCAAUUGUUAAGUGCUCCAAGUCUCUCAGAAUGUACCAUGAGGGAUCUGAAUGUCUUUAUGAGCAGAUCAGUUCCUGUGGUAGCUAAAGCCAAACAAUCCCAUAAUACAAUAUUAAAAUAUAUGCAGUGGCCCUGGUGGAAGAAACUUGAAGAAGGCUUCUUUAAAGAAGAGGUUGAUUCGGUGGAUCCUACAACUGCUGAACUGGAGACUUUGUUCAUUGGUGGAAGCAGAGCAUGAUUAUUAUAGAACAUAUUCUAACGAAGUAAUUGUGCACUUUUUCUUCAUGAUUUCCCCCCAAAAUAUAUUAGCUAUUAUCUACUGAAUUCAUAGUAGAAUUCUACAUUCCAGAGAUUGAAUUCUGUGUAGAAAGUCUGAAUUUGACUGCUCAGAUUUCAGAUGAUCUGUAGAAGUGUAUUGUAUACAGUUUUAUACACUAAGAAUUGUAUAAUUUUGACUAAAAUGACAUUUAAAACCGGAUGCUGUAGAUUUAGAACUAUGGGUACACAGAAUAAACAAGGAGGGAGAUCCCAAAUUACCAUAGAUGUAUGCAUAUGUGUUGGGGAAUAGUUUUUCUUGUGAAUAAUCACCCUGUGUUCAUAAUAUGGAGUCUUUCUGUCUGUUUAAAUGUUAAGACAGCAUCUGAAUUUGAAUAUAAGCAUCUUGGCUGUGUGCCCUUUACUACAUGUGCUUGGUGAUUCCUCAACUCCUCUCAUAGACAUAGAAAAGUUCUAUUCUUUUAAAAGACAAAAACAGAAUUCCAGACUUGUGAAGCAAGAGGUUUCCGU